AAGUUUACUUCAGGUGAUUCACGAUUGCGAUAUGAGCUAGCGCGCGGUAUGCUGGAUAUGUUCUUGCUACAGAAAGUAGUCCAGUCUGUUUGUGCAUAAAAAGAGUUUCUUUCACUCACAGUGACUAUGCUGUCAAAUAUGGAUUUCAUAAACAAGGAAUUGGAGGAUGUUAGAAAACGAUGCAUUGAUGACAUUCCUGGGUCUGAGAUUGUGGCUUGUCAUCCUGCCGCUGUUAGGAUAAGGAUUGUGAGAACUAAAUACAAGAGGUUGGAAGUUUGCAUGCAGUUUCAAAACAAGUACCCUGAUGAACCGAUUAUCAUUGAGAUAAAGAGUAAGACUGUCCCAGACAAACUGAAGGAAGGCUUGACCAAGAUCUGUGAUGAACAAGCCAAGACUCUACUGGGAAAACCACAGAUCCUUCACAUUGCAAAGUUUGUUCAGCAGUUCUUGGCAGACAACCCAUUCAGUGUAUGCAGUGAAGAGGUGUCUUUCAUUAAACGUGAACUGAUCACGGAGAAAGAUGAGAUUAAGAUGAAGCAGAAGUCAGGAGUCAUCGUGAUCACGAUACGGGAAACAGAAUACUUCAUGAAAUUCAGAUUAAAGGUCCCCGAUCUCUAUCCAGAGCAACAAAUAGUGAUAGAGAAUGUAGAAAACAACUUUCCUGAUUUAUUUCACAAGAUGUUCUUGGCUCAGACGGAAGAGAUGGCCAGACGAUGUGUUCAACCACCACUCAGAAAGAAACCAAAAGAUCCUCCGUUUGAGCCUGCUCCAUCCCUGAAGAAAGUAGCAAGUUAUCUGAUUGAUUGUUUACGCAACUACCCAGGAUCAAUCUGUCCAGUCUGUAGAGAGAGAGCUUUCACACCUAAUCCGGAACACACUGUCAAAGAUGAUACACAUGGUCGAUACGUAGUGUGGGUCUACUGUGGACAUUUAUUCCAUAAAGGUUGUCUAGAUGAAUUCUUCAAAACACCGCCCUUUACAGGAGGCAAGAAGUGUCCAUCGUGCCAGAAGAGGAUCUAUCAUGACAAAUGGAACAUCACCCCAAAGGUCGCUGAGGAUAGAUGGGCACACCAGGAGGCAAGGAGGAGAGAGCUGGAUGAGGUGGUGGACUUUCUUCAAUGACACCAUCUCAAUUUGUAUUUAAUAUCUAGGCCUGUACUUGUCAUGCAAUAUUUAGAAAAGGUACACAGAUAUGAUUGGUCCAUAGCUUGUCACGUGAUAGAGAUGGCGAGGAUCAGAAUUGACAUAUUUCACUCCCGGUCAUUUUUUCCAAGGCUGUGUUUUCACUACUUGUCAAAAGAGUUUAUUUUUGCAUCACACGGUAUCCACACAACUGUGUCCAUAGUACCACGCGCACGUUGUUUGCAUUGUCUUAGCAAUGGGCAUUUGACGUGGAAGGCUGGACGGCUCAAGCAAAAAACAAGGCAUAAGAUCGCAGUUAACAAAUAUUUUGUUUAACAAAGAGUAAUGAAGGUUAUCCAAUAUAACAGAUAUUAACUGGCUGGAAGGGGUUGUAAUAUAUCUUAUGUGUUUGAAUACUAAAGAUGUUUAAUAUAUUAUUGUUCCAAUACCUGGGUUUAGGUGUCACAAUUGAAAUAUAGUCCCAAAAUAGGUCUUUAUAGUAAGAUUUUUUAAAUAAUUUGUUGUUGUUGUUUUUUUAUUUCAUAUGACCCUGUGCAUAUUAUUAGGAUAGCAAAAGGACACUGUCUAUAAAGCAGAUAUCUGAAUUGACACAUGAUGAAUUUGUUAACAUUUAAGUAUAAUUUGGUAUUAAAAACUACAUGUAUGCUUAAUACGUUUCAUGAAAACUCACCACCACCAACAGUGUGUACCGGUAUGUUUUCAUUUGGUGCUUGUGAAAUAGAGCAGUUUGAUACAGCAACUCAUGAUUGACAUUUAUGCAAUAGUGAUAGCUUCACAUCAGUUUAACCCCUUAGCAACUAAACGGCCCAAAACCACCUGUCCAUUUUCAUCCCAUGGGGUCUAUCGUACGUGAUAAUGUUACAAGUGUGUAAUCCUUAUGAUGUCUUUAGUGGGAUUCUGCAUAGAAAAGUAGUGCAUGUUUCAUAUUGUUCAGAACAAUGUCAAAAUGAGAGCAUUAUUGCAACAUCUUCCAGUGAGUAACAGGACAUUUUUAUUUAAUGCAAAGGCUGUACUAGCAAGUUAAUGAUGUCAUCCCCUCCUUCUUUGGGCUGAUAUUUCUCAGUUUUGAAUGCUUUAAUACAUGUUUUGUUAUUAAUUCAACUUUUUUUUUUCUUGUACUGUACAUGUACUAUAGG